AUGAGGAACGACCUCAAGAAGAAGGUGAAGCAGGUUGUCAAUGAGGCGUACAGAUUUGCGGGGCUGAAAGCACCUAAGAAGGAGGCUCUGGUGACGUGGCUGCUGAAGACCUACAAGCAGUGCGUGAAGGGAGGCUACGCCUACGUGCCUUACUUCACCUUCCCAGUGUUGGAGGUUGUCUGGACAGACGGGCAGAAGAGCAAGGGUGGUAGUCAGGUCGACGAGCAGAAGAGCAAACUGGCCAACACAAAGCUGUUCCAGCACCCUGCCAUCGCCAAGCUCAUCUACGCGUUCUGGUUCAGCUUAUCGCAUAAGGAGGUGAGAGAUUGGCGCAAGAAGUUCAGCAGCAUCCUGGACAACCUCAUUGCCCUGGUCUGCAAUGCACUGGACGUGGCUAUCAAGGACCAUCUGCAGACCAGUGCAAGCAAUGUGCUGGACUUGCAAUUCUCGAACAAGAUCUACAUGCCAAAGGGUCUGCUCAGGUGGAACGACCACAUGACAAUCCUUGAGGAGAUGCACAAAGUGCGCCCAGAGGUAUACCAAUGCAUGAACAGUGGCAUCUGGACCCGCGUCAACCGAGCCAAUGAGGAGAGUCUGCCUAGCCAACCGCAGGGCUUCAACUGGGAUGACAUAUCUGCGGAUGACAUCGAGGAAAUGGAGUGCGAGGGUGAGGAGGACAAGGUGGAGAGCGAGGAUGAGGCCAACACAAAGGACAGGCAGGGAACCUCAUUGCGAGAGCUGUCUGCAGCUGCAACGGAGGAGGCAGCUCGGGAUUCUCAGGACGGCGCUGAGGGGGCCGAAGGGAGUGCAGGACAAGAUGAAGCAGGCACGUCCAGGAUCACGACAGCAACAAAGCCUAGGUCCAGUAUGCUGCUGAGGACAGAGGACAUCACCGGUGUGAGGAUCAAGGUGCUUGAGACCCAGACGUUGCCACCAUUUGACAAGAAUGCACUCCACAAAUGA